AUGGCCGACACACACACCUACGAGUUUGACAUUGCCAUGAGCUGCGGCGGCUGCUCUGGCGCUAUCGACCGCGUCCUCAAGAAGCUCGAGGGCGUCGAGAGCUACGAAGUCUCCCUCGAGAACCAGUCCGCCAAGGUCAUCACCGCCCUCCCUUACGAGACCGUCCUCCAGAAGAUCGCCAAGACCGGAAAGACUGUCAAGUCGGCCAAGGCGGAUGGUGUCGAGCAAUCGGUCGAGGUUGCUGCUUAA